CACCAUUAAGAUGAUGCUUGGCCUGCUGUGUUCAUCCAGCUCUACACUUUCUUAUCUCGGAUUCUCCAGCAUCUGCAGUUUCUAUGAUCUCUGAUACAAUUGCUGAAGAUAUAUAUAUCCAAUAUAUGAAGAAACAUUUUCCAGAACUCCUCAGAGUUCAACAGAAGGCCCAUCGAAGAGACAUGGGAGUUAAAGUGAAGCGCAAGAACCAUUUCUUUCUGCCCUCAACGGGAAAUUAUUAUGAAGAUGAAAUUGAAGAAUACCUGCAGGAAUCAGAUGAAGAAUGUGAUGAAAGAGUUAGCCCACUAACUGCCAAAAACUCUGAAUGGUGUCAACAAAAGCCUGUUUUACCCCGUACAACUCAGAUUGUGAUUGAGGAUAGUUUUGGAGAGCUUGUCCAUCGUUUGUGUGAGCCUUGGGACCUGUAUGGCCUUUCAGCCAAACAUCAAUUACCCUGUUGGCCACAGGAGUGUGAAGUCAUCAAAGAACGUAUCAAGCACAUUGUGGGUGUUUCAAUAGGCCCAGAACCUUUGUAUAGAGCAACAGGAUUGGAGCAAGCACCAAUCUAUAUAAACCCAGAAGAGGGUGAACUGGUUUAUAGUACCACUAAAGACUAUAUGGAAUCCAGUUUCACCUUUUCCCGAGUGAGUGGCAGUUCCAAGCCCCUGAAACAAGCAACCAUUAAUGUCAGCGAUCCAAACAACACACUGAUGUUUGAGUCUCGAUUUGAGAGUGGGAAUCUCGAGAAAGUAUUCAAAGUAGGGGACUACGAAUAUAACUUAAUGUUACGCACGGACCUCUACACAGCAAAACACACCCAAUGGUAUUACUUCCAGGUGCAGAACGUGCGGCCAGCAGUCCAAUACCGCUUCACCAUCAUUAACUUGAUGAAGCCCACCAGCCUGUAUAACAUGGGAAUGAAGCCGCUGUUAUAUUCCACAAAGGAUGCAGAGCUGCUCAACGUCGGGUGGCGCAGAGUAGGGAGCCAGAUCAAGUACUACCGAAACAACUAUGGCAACAGCAAGCACCACUAUUACUCACUCACCUGGACCUUUGAGUUCCCUCAUGCCGGGGACGUCUGCUACUUUGCCCACUGCUAUCCCUACACCUACACUGACCUCCAGGACUAUGUGAAAGAUGUGGUCAAUGAUCCGGCCAAGUCCAAAUUCUGCAAAGUCCGGGUGUUGUGCCGUUCUUUGGCCGGGAACAUGGUUUACGUCCUGACUGUGACCAAUCCCUCCCAGAGUUCCAAGGCCGCACUUGAAAAGAAAGCAGUGAUCCUGACCGCCCGUGUCCACCCAGGUGAGACCAACAGCUCCUGGAUGAUGAAGGGUUUCCUUGACUACCUACUUGGCAAUUCGAUGGAUGCCAGACUGCUGCGGGACACCUUCCUCUUCAAAAUCGUGCCAAUGCUGAACCCUGAUGGGGUCAUUGUGGGGAAUUACCGGUGCUCACUCUCUGGCCAGGAUUUAAAUCGUAAAUACCGGUCCUAUUUGAAGGAGUCCUACCCUUCUGUGUUCUACACCCGGAAACUGAUCAAACGGUUAAUGGAGGAGCGUACAGUUUUUCUAUACUGUGAUCUCCAUGGACACAGUCGGAAGCAGAACAUUUUUAUGUACGGCUGUCAGAGCCGGAGGCGGACUGUGUCAUCUUAUGCCAAGCAGCGUGUGUUCCCCUUCAUGCUUAGUAAGAACUGCUGUAACAAGUUUUGUUUUAAAAGUUGCAAAUUCCACGUGAAGCGGGCUAAAGAAGGAACAGGACGUGUGGUAGUGUGGAGGAUGGGAGUCACUAACAGUUACACCCUGGAAGCGACUUUCUGUGGUUCCACAUUGGGGAACAGUAGGGACAUUCAUUUCAACGUGAACGAUCUGGAAUCAGUGGGUUUUGAGUUUUGUGACACUCUGUUGGACUAUUGUGAUCCUGAUCAGUCCAAGUACAUUCAAUGUAAAAGGCAGUUGCAGAACCAAAUAAAAGAACACAUUGCUGCCAAAAUGGAAAUGUCUGGUACAAGGUACGAUUCUGAUGCAUCACUGGGUGAUAUCCUCUCCUACAUUGAAUCCAGCACCACUGGUUCAAACAGUUCCGAGUCCGAUGACCAGUCUUUGCAUUUUAGAAGAAAGGCACAUGAGCAUGUGACAAAAAGGAAAAAACAACUAAAAACCAAAAAACAGAGACAAAAUUCCUACUUGAUCCGGAAGGUGUUAAAUACUGAAAAGCAAUACCAGCAAACACAAGCACACAAGAAACCACAAAAAACACAUGCAGGAAAGCAUGAACACUACUUGAAUCAAGUACCUGAUCAAAAUGACAGUGACUUGGACUCUGCUAUCAAUGUCCUGCAGCACGAAGCUUCUGGAAAUGUUGGAAAAUGGAAAAGUACUGAAGAUUUACAAAUUACUGAUCAUCUGACUUUCCAAAAGCCAAAAGCAGCCCCUAGUCAGGCAGAAACAGCCACAAAAAGAGCAUUCCGUCAGUCCCAUGGCCACCUUGAAGAACAUGAGACAGGAUCUGAACAUGAAGAGCCACCAAAUGCCCUCCGUGACCCUGGUCAUUUGAUUGCACCCCAGAGAAACUGCAAAAUAGAUGAAGGAAAGGUCUCCCCAGUCUUGAGGACUGAAGAAAUUACUGCCAUUUCAGAGGCUAGGCUUGAGACCAGUGAAGGUUCUAUCUAUGAUGACUAUGUGUCUGGUGGAAUAAACAUGAGACUACAUCACCCAUCAAAUACUAUUACAGAAGAUUGUCAGAAUUCAGAUUCCAUCUUUUCAGUUCAAGUUCACAAAAAACAUGCAAUUUCUUCCAAAUGUGAAUUUGAAUGGGUUCCAAGGAAACAGACUUCCAACCUGAAAACAUCUCCCCUAAAACCACAGUCAAUGGCAGCUCCAGCACCCUUCUUCCCUAUUAAAAAAACAAAGCUUCCAGUCAUUGACCGUGUACAGAACAGGAGCUUGAGGGCAUCCAGAAGAGAAACUUUGUAUAAAGUUUUCGCAGUGCCUCCAGUCCUUCUAACAGCAAGUAGCUUAAGUGAAAGCAUCUCAACAACAACCGAAUACCAUACUACACAGGACUCAGCUCAUGUGGAGCAGGCACGGUCACGCGACAUUGAUCCCCACCAUCAAGAAGAAGUGUGUUUGUUUGAAAACACAUCCACAGUCCCAACUGGUUUGGCCACUAACAGAUUAGAAAAUAGGGGCAGAAACUGUCAGCCUUGUCCUGGGAAACAAGCUUUCAGUGAGGAGGAGGCAAAUCCCACUGACGGUGCAAGCAGGGCAUUGAGGAUCACAGGGGAAGGAAUUGACAACCAGAUCGGAUUAGAUCAGAAGGCUGUGUUUACACAAAUGUGGAGGGGUGUGCCUACACACAUAUCCCGGAAUCAAAGCAAGCAUCUAUCCGGAGUUAUCACCCGAACUUUGUCGACCAAACCCACCAGACCAGAUUGCUCGACAUUUGUGCAGGUGACCAAAGGCCAAUCCAAACUGCUGGAGAUUGGAAAGGAUCGAAAACACAAUGAGUAACACAGAGCUGUGUAACAAUCUCAC